AUGUCAACAGAAGAAUGUGGAUGUUCAUGCUGCAAUGGAAAUUGCUUACUCUUAGAUUGCCCUUGCUUUAAGCGCGGCGGAGUUUGCGGACCUAACUGCAAAUGCCAAAAUUGCAAAAAUAAAUCCGGCUGGGAUGAAGAAAGAUUAGCAGUUAUAGAAAAUGUGCUUUCUCAAAAGUCAGUAGCAUUUACGUCAACAGAUCAACUCAAUCCUGACGAAUACAAUUUAAUUUCUAAUUUUGCCAUGCUUUCAUCAUCAAUCGACUCAGAACAAUUUCAUUCUAAACAACGUGACCUCCCAUUAUCAAGAUUGCUUACACAAGAAGUCACACAACAAGCAAUUAAAACAGUUAUUUCAGCAGCUCAUCGUCAAUACACUAAACAACAAGGAGAACCAAAUAUUGAGGAAUCUCUCGAAAAUUGCGUUUCUUCCGAAUACGAAAAUGUCCUCAAAGCGAUUUUAACUGCAAUCGAACAACAUCCAUCUCAGAAAUAA